UGCAAUAAAAAUGACACCAGGUGCCUCUCAAAUUCAUGCCAAAACAAUUCUACAUGCACUGGCUUUUCAAAAGGUAACAAUUGCCAUUGCUCAGACACUAAUCACUUGGACAAAGCCUGUGCCAACAAUCUAAAAGAUCCUUGCUUUCCGAAUCCGUGUGGGCAGAACGCCUCUUGCAUGAAUACCACCAAAGGAGAAAUGGGCUUUCUGUGCAUAUGUCCUCCUGGUUAUAGUGGGCCAACCUGUGAAACUGUCCUUGCUUCCUGUGGUGCAAACUUCUGCCUACACGGAGGUGCCUGCCAUCACGACACUGCUGGCCCUGUCUGCAUCUGCCCUGCUGGAUAUGCCGGGAGCUUCUGUGAGAUAGAUCCUGAUGAGUGUGCUUCCAGCCCUUGCCAUAAUGGGGCUUUGUGUCAGGAUGGAAUCAAUGGCUAUUCCUGCUUCUGUGUCCCAGGAUACCAAGGCAGUCACUGUGACUUUGAAGUUGAUGAAUGUGCUUCUGAUCCCUGCAAGAAUGAGGCGGUGUGCCUCAAUGAGAUAGGAAGCUACACUUGUGUCUGUCCCCAAGAGUACACUGGAGUAAAUUGUGAAUUGGAAAUGGAUGAAUGUUGGUCACAGCCCUGCCUAAAUGGUGCAACCUGCCAGCAUGCUCUGGGGCAUUACCUGUGUGCCUGUGCCCCUGGAUUUGUAGGGGACCACUGUGAGCUCAACCUGGAUGAAUGUGACAGUCAACCAUGUCUCCAUGGAGGACUCUGCAUAGACGGAGACAACAGAUACAGCUGUAACUGCACAGGAAGUGGAUUCACAGGGACACACUGUGAGACCUCGAUGCCUCCCUGUUGGUCAGAACCCUGUCAUAAUAAUGCCACAUGUGAGAACAGUGUUGACAAUUACACUUGUCACUGCUGGCCUGGAUACACAGGAGCACAAUGUGAGACAGACAUCAAUGAGUGUCACAGUAACCCCUGCCAGGCUGACGGAGAGUGUGUGGAGUUGUCCUCAGAAGAACAGUACGGGCACAUUGCUGGGCUGCCUUCAGCGUUCAGCUACCGUGAAGCCUCAGGCUAUGUUUGUAUCUGUCCAUCUGGAUUCACAGGAAUUCACUGUGAAGAGGACUUCAAUGAAUGCUCUUCAAAUCCUUGCCAAAAUGGCGGUACCUGUGAAAACUUGCUUGGCAAUUAUACUUGCCAUUGCCUAUUUGAUAACCAAUCUGGAAUAUUCUUUGGAGGAGAGAACUGUUCUGAUAUUCUCCUGGGCUGCAUCCAUCACCAAUGCCAAAAUAAUGGAAUAUGCAUCCCUCACUUCCAACAUGGCCAGCAUGGAUUCAGCUGCCUUUGUCCACCUGGCUAUACUGGUUCACUGUGUGAAAUUGGCACCACACUUUCUUUUGAAGGUAAUGGCUUCCUGAGACUCGGAAGUGACUCAGGAACACCCAAGGGCUCACCUUGUAACAUAGCCCUGAGGUUCCAGACGGUUCAGGCCACAACACUACUCCUCUUCCAAGGCAACAAGAACAUGUUCGUCAAGCUUGAGCUGCUAAAUGGUCAUAUUCACUUAUCAAUUCAAGUCAAUAAUCAGUCAAAAGUGCUUCUGUAUAUUCCUCACACCACCAGUGAUGGACAGUGGCAUACAGUGGAGAUAAUCUUGGCAGAGACUGUGACCCUUACUUUAUUGGACAACUCCUGUGUAGAGAAAUGCAUCACUGAAGCACCUUCUCCAUUUGAAAAGAAUCAACCCAUAUGUGAUUUUCAGAACUCUUUUUUGGGUGGUUUGCCCUUAGGAAAGACCAGCAAUGGCAAUGUUUUUCUUAACACCUAUCAUAUACCAUCCUCGCCUUCAUUUGUAGGAUGUCUUGAAGACAUUAGGAUUGAUGGGAAUCACAUUACCUCAGAAAACAUUUCAUCCUACUCAUCAUUAAACGUCAAGGCAGGCUGUGUGAGAAAGGAUUGGUGUGAAAGCCAACCUUGUCAAAACAGAGGACGCUGUAUCAACCUGUGGCUUGGUUACCAGUGUGAUUGCCACCGGCCCUAUACAGGCCUGAACUGUCUGAGAGAGUAUGUGGCAGGAAGAUUUGGCCACACUGACUCCACUGGAUUUGCUGCUUUUAAGUUAGACAAAAGUUAUGGACAGAACUUCAGUCUUUCUAUGUUUGUUCGGACACGUCGACCAUCUGGCUUACUUCUAGCUUUGGAAAACAGCACCUAUCAAUAUAUCCGCAUCUGGCUCGAGCAUGGCAAACCAGCAGUGCUGACCCCACGUUCUCCCAAAUUAGUAGGAACGUUCCUUCUUAGUGAUGGAAAUGUCCACUUAUUAUCUUUGAAAGUCGAGCCAAAUAAAAUUGAACUCUAUCAGUCUUCACGUCACCUAGGAUUUCUUUCUUCCCCUAAAUGGAGCACUCAAAGAGGAGAUGUCAUCUACAUUGGUGGCCUGCCUGACAGGCAAAAGAUUGAAGUGAGUGGUGGGUUCUUCAAAGGCUGUAUCCAGGACUUAAGAUUAAAUAACCAAAAUCUCGAAUUCUUCCCAAAUGAAACCAGCAUUGCGAAGCACAAGCCAAUUCUUGUCAAUGUGACCAAAGGCUGCCCUGGAGACAACAUCUGCAAGUCCAAUCCCUGUCACAACGGAGGUGUCUGCUACUCCAUGUGGGAUGAUUUCUCCUGCUCCUGCCCUCCCAACACAGCUGGCAAAGCCUGUGAGGACGUCCACUGGUGUGAACUCGGCCCUUGUCCUCCCACAUUCCAUUGCCAGGUGGUUCCUCGAGGGUUUGAAUGUAUUGCAAAUGCUGCUUUUAAUGGACAAAGCAGUGGAAUAUUAUUCCGAAGCAAUGGGAAGAUUACCAGAGAACUCACCAACAUCACACUGGGUUUUAGAACGAGGGACGCAAAUGUGCUAAUACUGAGUGCAGAGAAAGAGCCUGAAUUUCUUAAUAUUAGUAUACAAGAUUCCAGAUUUUUAUUUCAGUUGCAAAGUGGCAACAGUUUUUAUAUCCUGAGUCUGACAAGUUUGCAGCCAGUAAAUGAUGACAUAUGGCACCAAGUAACCCUUUCCAUGACAGACCCACUGGCCCAAUCCUCCAGGUGGCAAAUGCAAGUGGACAAUCAAACCCCGCUUGUGACGAGUGCAGUUGCUACUGGAAACCUCAACUUUUUGAAGGUUAAUACAGACAUUUAUGUUGGUUAUCAAACUUUGGACAAGACAAAUGGCUUGCAAGGAUGUUUAAGUACAAUAGAAAUCAGUGGUCUUUAUCUCUCUUACUCUGCAAAUGUUCAUGGUUUCAUUAAUAAACCUCAGAAAGAGCAGUUUCUCAAAAUCUCGACAAAUCCAGUGGUUACUGGCUGUUUGGAGCUAAAUGCCUGCAACUCCAACCCCUGUUUGCAUGGUGGAAAUUGUGAAGAUAUCUACAGCUCCUAUCUUUGCACUUGUCCCUUGGGAUGGUCAGGGGCACACUGUGAACUCAACAUUGAUGAAUGCUUUUCAAACCCCUGUAUCCAUGGUAACUGUUCUGACAGAAUUGCAGCCUACCACUGCAAUUGUGAGCCUGGAUACACAGGUGUGAAGUGUGAAGUGGAGAUAGACAAUUGCCAAAGUCAUCAAUGUGCAAAUGGGGCCACCUGCAUCAGUGACACCAAUGGGUACUCUUGCCUCUGCUUGAGAAAUUUUACAGGAAAAUUUUGCAGACAUGCCAGAUUACCCUCGGCAGACUGUGGGAAUGAGAAGACAAAUCUUACGUGCUACAAUGGAGGCAACUGCACAGAGUUCCAGGGUGAAUUCAAAUGUAUGUGCCGGCCAGGUUUUACUGGAGACGGGUGUGAACAGGACAUUGAUGAGUGUGCCUCUGAUCCGUGCUUCCAUGGAGGCCGGUGCCAGAACUUACUCAACAAGUUCCAGUGCUUCUGCGAUGUCGCCUUUGCGGGCGAGCGCUGUGAGGUAGAUGUGUCAGAUGACUUGAUCUCGGACAUCUUCACCACAAUUGGCUUGGUGACAUUGGCCUUGUUAUUGACCCUCUUUCUGGCAGUUGUGGCUUCUGUUGUAGCCUCCAAGAAGAGGGCAACUCAGGGAACCUACAGCCCGAGCCGUCAGGAGAAGGAGGGCUCUCGAGUAGAGAUGUGGAGCAUGAUGCCACCGUCCACAAUGGAAAGGUUGAUCUGA